AAAAACCUUAGAAAGCAUCGAUUUACAAGGAAUCAAUCUUAAAAUGCCGUUACCAAAUAUUACAUUUACAAACGGAGAUAAUGUUUGGUUCCUCACCUGUAGAGCUUUCACCUUAAUUCAAUGUAACGGUUACGUAAAUGGUUUGAAGAAUUUACGUUAUCUAGAUGUUUCAGAAAAUCGUUGCGGUAAUUUGAUUAAUGAGUAUAUUUUUCAAGGUUUUCCGAAACUCGAGUUUUUAAUAGCAACACAUUCCGACCUUGGGACUGCUUUCAGAAAUAAUAACAGAUUGGAUAUUUUACUAAAACCGCUAAAAAAUCUCCAACAUUUAGAUAUAUCUUAUAACAAUUUAAGAAAUGCUGACAUUGCCAAUUUAAACGUGAAGAGUCAAAAUAAUGUAUUACAGUCCUUCAAUGGUUCAAACAAUGCUUUUAAUCAAGUUCCGUCCUUUUUCCGACAUUUCAGAAAUUUAUCUUUUAUUGAUAUUUCCUACAAUAAUUUUUCUACUUUCAACCGUGACGAAAGAGAUAUUAUUGACUCUGUGGUUGGUAGGGCAAAACUGGGUUUGGUAGGUAAUCCCUUUAAAUGUUCGUGUUCGAAUCUAGAUUUUCUAAAAUGGGCAAAACAAACAAAAGCUAGUUAUUUCGGACAUCUUUAUUGUCAACUGGAAAGCGGUGAAAACACAACAUUUUCUGAUCUUUUUAUAUAUCUUGAUCGUUUUGAAAACCAUUGCCAUGACAAGAUAUGGCUGAUAUUUUCGUUAUCAUUCACUACACUUGUUGUAAUAAUGAUAGUAUUCGUUGUGAUAUAUCUUCGUUACAAAUCUGCAUUUCAAUAUUUUUGUCUCAGAAUUAAACUAAGGUUAAAACGAUACGAGGAACUGGACGGUGAUCCGUACCUUUACGAUGUCUUUAUAUGUUACAACCAUAACGAUGUUCCCUGGGUUGUAAAUUUCAAUCGCAAACUUACUUCUGAAAACUUCAAGACGUGCCUUGACGCUAAAGAUUUUAUUGCUGGAGAGGACAUUGCUGAAAACAUUUUACGUGCUAUUGAUAGUAGCAGGAAAAUUAUCUUUAUUAUCACCGAACAUUUUCUCCAGAGUACCUGGGGUCACUACGAAAUGGAAUUAACACGGAUGCAUGCUUUCCAGGAGGGGCGGGACAACAUGGUCAUUGUGAUUAUGAAGGAUGACCUACCGAUUCAUAAAAUGCCUAAAGUCCUGAAAAGAUUUUGGUAUAAAGUUACAUGUAUAAAGUGGUAUGAUCGUGGAAUUCAACCAUUUCAAACAGAAGACAUAUUUUAUGAAAAUGUUUUCAGUUCACUUUCAAUCGCAUAAAUUCUAACUGGAUUGUUCGGAAUAAUGGUUGCCUUGCGAGAAUACAACUUUACAAUGUUUUAGAUCUCCUACGUCGCAUGAAAUAUUAAAUAACGUAUAAUUGUUACAUUUAUUAGUUAAACAUGAGUUAUUCAGUAUAUAACUAAGUAUGUUUGAUUACCCUCU